AUGAUUCAUUCAGAACUCAUCGAAGAAGUGUUAUCACACUUAUCAGUGGCAUCCCUUUUGCGAUUCAGGUGUGUAUCAAAAAGUUGGUGCUGCAUAAUUGACAGUGAUCAUUUCAUUAAAAAGCAUUUGAAUCAAUCCAUCAUAGCACGCUCCAAUCACUCCCUCAUUUAUGGAAGCAUGGAGAUGGGACUUUAUUCCGUAAAUUUGGAUUCAUUUGACACAGCCCAUCUCAUUCAACCCCCAGUUGAUUCCACAGAUUUUCAAUUGAUAUGCAUGUCCAACUAUUGCAAUGGGUUAUUUCUAGUAGUAGCUGCUGAAUCCCUUGUACUGCAGAACCCCUUUUCAAGAAGACACAAGAAGUUACCUGACGCCUUCCCGAUUGAAUUCCCAACUGAUUAUUCAUCGUUAUAUGCCAUAGAGUAUUAUGGGCUGUGUUACGAUCCAAGAAAGGAUGACUAUAAAGUUGUUCGGGUUGUUGAAUUUCACAACUUAACGGGGCAGUGGACGUUCUCUGAAACAGAAAUUUUAAGCUUGAAAUCGAAUUCUUGGAACAAGGUUGAGCGGUUUCCUUAUCCAUUGCCGUUGCUUGAUCAUCGCUGGGAAGUAUAUCUCAAUGGGGCAUUGCAUUCGCUUCUUAAGGAUAUUUCCCAUGCGUAUUCGGGCAAGACAUUUAAAAUUAUGGGUUUUAGUGUUGAGAAUGAGAACCAUUAUGAGUUGAUGCUGCCAACAAAAAUUCCUAUCGAGAAUAUUAGCAUGAAUUUGAAUGUUCUAGGAGGGUGUCUUUCUUUAGCAACGGCUAGCGAGUUUCAUGUGGGUAUAUGGGUGAUGAAGAAAUAUGGAGUUGAGAAAUCUUGGACUCAAUUGCUAUCAGUUGGUCAGAUAACGAUUAAUUCAAAUGGUAAUUUGUCUUCUUUGAGGCCAUUGACUUAUUCGAAGAAUGGUGAGAAGGUUCUUUUAUAUGUCAAUGAAGAAAAGCUUGUUUGGUAUGAUUUACGUAGAAAUGUCAUUGUUGAUGUUCUUCCCAUUUCAUUUUGUCCUGAGCUUUGUGUUCAAAGCCUUGUUUGGCCUAAGGAAAGUUCGCUUCAAUCAUUCAUAGAUAUAGCCAUUCCCAUCCCCUUUAAUUGUUGGGAGCCUAAACCAUCACUAGAGUUGGUAGAGGUCGUGUAG